AAUUUAAUAGACCACUUCAUGUUCCCUCCAUAAUAAGUCGCAGUUUCUUUCUCUCUCCAGUCUCCUCAGACGUUACAAAUGAAGGUGAAAUGCUGACUGAGAACGCUUUCCCUUCUUUGAAUCGUUCCACCACCCCUAAGUUCUGCAACUCUUUCAGUAAUCGGAUCUUCUCAGAUGUUGCAGGGGACAUAACCAUCAUUGUUGAUGGAGAAUCUUUUUUAUUACACAAGUUCCCACUGGUCUCUCGGAGUGGAAAGAUCCGGAAAAUGGUGGCAGAUGCCAAGGAUUCAAACCUCUCGAAAUUGGAAUUACUUGACUUACCAGGUGGACCCAAGACCUUUGAGCUUGCAGCAAAAUUUUGUUAUGGAACAAACUUUGAGAUUACUGCAACAAAUGUUGCCCACCUUCGUUGUGCGGCAGAAUACCUGGAAAUGACUGAAGACUACCGAGAAGAAAACCUCAUUGCCCAGACAGAGACAUAUCUGAAUGAAGUUGUGUUUCAAAGUCUUGAAAAAUCGGUUGAAGUUCUAUCUAACUAUGAGACACUACCCCCUAUAGCAGAGGAAGUGGGGAUCUUAAACAGAUGUAUAGAUGCAAUUGCUAUGAAUACUUGCAAGGAGCAGUUGGUAUCAGGUCUAUCUCGCUUGGAAUGUGAUGGUGGGUCUGGAAAACUGAAGAUGGACUCUUUUGAGUGGUGGGUUGAAGACCUAUCAGUAUUAAGAAUUGAUCUUUAUCAAAGAGUUAUUUUAGCCAUGAGAAGAACAGGUGUUCGGCCAGACAGCAUUAUCACAUCUCUCAUGCAUUAUGCUCAGACAUCCCUGAAGGGUAUUGGAAAACGCCAGAUAUGGGAUCCAUCAAGAAUGAAAUUGAAUCCCAGCAUGGGAGAAAAUGAACAGGGGAUCAUUGUAGAAACUAUUGUAAAUCUUCUGCCAACAGAGAAAAGCUUGUCUGUUCCACUGAGUUUUCUGUUUGGAAUGCUGAGGAUGACAAUCAUGGUAGAUGCCACUGUUGCCUGCAGACUUGAACUUGAAAGGAGGAUUGGUUUCAGGCUGGACAUGGUUUCGCUUGAUGACCUGCUUAUCCCAUCUGUGCAGACUGGUGAUUCUCUAUUUGAUGUUGAUGUUGUCCACCGCAUAUUGGUAAAUUUCUUGCAGCGGAUUGAAGAGGAAGAACCUGAUGAAUCAUCACAGUAUGGUUAUGAAUCUGAAGGUCUUGGUUCUCCACGCCAUGGUGCUAUAUUGAAGGUUGGGCGGCUUAUUGAUGCAUAUCUUGCAGAAAUUGCACCUGAUCCAUAUCUGAAUCUGCAGAGAUUCAUUGCAAUAAUAGAGAUCUUGCCUGAUUAUGCCCGUGUUGUCGAUGAUGGACUUUACAGAGCAGUUGAUAUAUAUUUGAAGGCUCAUCCAAUGCUGACUGAAAACGAAUGCAAGAACCUUUGCAAGUUCAUAGAUUGCCAAAAACUCUCUCAGGAAGCCUGUAAUCAUGCAGCACAGAAUGACCGCCUUCCAGUACAGAUGGUUGUCCGAGUACUCUACUUUGAGCAGCUUCGCCUGAAAAAUGCUCUUUCUGGAAGCUCAGGGGAUGGAUUCCUGUCACAGAGGAUAAGCAGUGGUGUUCCCAGUGCAGCUGUGUCUCCUCGAGAUAACUAUGCAUCGCUGAGGAGGGAAAACCGAGAGCUGAAGCUUGAGAUCUCAAGGAUGAGAGUGAGGCUGAGUGAUUUGGAGAAGGAACAGGGGUUCAUGAAGCAGGGUAUGAUGGAGAAGACAAGGCAAGGAAAAACAUUCCUUACCUCGCUGUCUAGGGGCAUUGGGCGGAUUGGGAUCUUCAGCAGCCCACCUGGAGGGAAGAGGCAAAAGUCUGGGAGGAAAUCACAGGGAUCAGAUGGAAAGACUGGAAGAAGACGGAAGCAUUCUGCUUCAUAGACAAUUGUAGUGUAGAUUACGGUUCCAAUAUAACAGUUCACACCAUUAUCUUUGUCGUCUCUGGGUUGUUCAACUUUGCAUCAUUCAUACCCAAUAUCAAUUUAGUCACA